GUGGUCAUAAUUAGAGGAUUAAAUCCGGAUCUAGAAGAGAAAAAGAAGAACCAAUUAGUGGCCAUAAUUAGAGGAUGAAAUCCGACCGGAUUUAAUGGCCCUGAAUUAAACUGCUAAAACCCCAUCUAUAUAAACUAAUCACCAGACUUCCAAAGCUCAGAAGAAUUAACUAGUGAGAUCAGAUUAUGGACGACCAAAGUCGAUCAUCUGCUCCGGUGGAAUCCCUCGUCAGCCGGCUCGACCAAUUUGAUCUUCGGUUGAGGCAGAUAGAGGAGAAGCAGAGACUCCUUCCUGCACCGGAAUGCUACUUCACCGCCGACGUGAAGCUCUUGGCGAAGAAGCGCCGCGGCGGCGGCGGCGGCGGCGGCGGCGGCCAACACUGCCGAUACACUUCCCUGUCCGCCAUGCACGACUUGGAAAUAAAGGACGCUCUUUUGGACCGUCUCCACAUGCUCGAGACGCGAAUCCGUCAGCUGAGUUCGGAGCUGGACAAGGACAUCGGCGGUGGCGGCGCCUCCCCUGCGGAGACUGUAGUGCGCGCAGAGAAGAACAAGGAGAGCGGCGGCGCCCGGUCGUGGAGGUCGGUGGUUUCGUUCAAGAGCGGCGCCCGUGAGCUCCCGAGUCAGAAGCCCAUCAUCAUAAAGGUGAAGGAGCUGGAAAAAGCGGUGGGCGCGGCGGAGAAGGCGGUGGGCGCCGCUUGCCAGACCGAGAGGAGACGGGCGGAGCGUGCGCGGCUCUAUCGGAGAUGGCUCACGGUUGGAUGCUGACAGGUUCGACGGUCAGACUUGGCAUCGAUCGCAUGAACAAAUAAAUAUUUCCUUUUAUUUCCGUUUCGAACUAAAUAUUCUUUUGAGGCAGAAUAAAUUUUGAUUUUCCUCUUU